AUGGCACACAACAUCAGUACAGGCGAAGUCAACAGGCCGGGAGAUGCGGAAGCCCGCGAGAGAUUCAAGAACUUUAUCGAAAAACUCUCAAUUGAGGAGCUACAAGACGAGCCAAUAUUUUGCGGCAAAGAGAUCUUGGCAUUUCCGACGUUCCUUCCCAAUGGGACACGAGAAGCUUUGUUUGUGGUCUCCGAGCAGGAUUUGGGAAAUGUUGUACGCGAUCCGCAUUGGCAUUCGAUCGUGGUGGCAGAGACUUUUCCUCUUUUCGAUGACGAAACACUCAAUCAUGUUCCUAGAAUGCAAAUUCUCAUGCCCCGUGGACGUAGAGAUAUGACUGCGGAAGAAUGGCAAAAGUUCCUUCUUGGCGCUUUCGAUGACUAUCACGGUACACCUCGUCGUCGAACGAAACUAGAAUGGAAAGAUUCUCAAGUUAUUGAAAAGCUUGGUGAGCUAGAGAUGGGCCUGGAGGGUGAGCUAGACAUGUAUGGCUUUCGAAUCGAAAAGGAACUUAUUGAAGAUGGCGACCGGUACAUAUUCAGCAAGCUUCCAGUCCUCGGGGCCCCCUUAGAGAUUGUUGCGGAUUUUGUCACGUAUAAAGCGCAAAUUGCGUGGAUUGAGAUUGUGUAUGGUCUAUUGCAGAAUUUGGAACAAAGACAACUUGGGGCAGGAAGUGCUGGGAGUGGGCUUUCAGAUGGGAAUUAG